GGGAUUCAAUGUAGGGAUGCUUGAGUAACCCCCAAAAUGGACAAGAAACACCUGCUAAAGGCAAAAAUAAAGCCAUAUUUUUCCUCGCGGAAGGAAGAACCAGGCGCGGCCUUUUGGUGGCAGCAUUGUUCCGGCAAUGAGCGUGAAGGACCUGAGCGGAGAACCAGCAGCGGAGCAGUGUGGCAGGUACAGGAAAGAUGGCAGCCGCGGCAGUGGCUGAGUUUCAGAGGGCACAGUCUCUUCUUGUCACAGAUCGGAACGCCUCAAUCGAUAUUUUACAUUCAAUAGUAAAGCGGGACUUUCAGGAUAGUGAUGAGGAGGCUGUGCGUGUUAAAGAGCAGAGCAUCCUGGAGCUGGGCGGACUGCUGGCCAAGACGGGACAGGCUGAAGAGCUCGGUGGUCUGUUAACAUAUGUGCGGCCAUUCCUCAACUCCAUCUCUAAGGCCAAAGCAGCCCGACUGGUUCGCUCCUUGCUGGACCUGUUUCUGGACAUGGAGGCCGCCACAGGUCAGGAAGUAGAGCUCUGCCUUGAGUGCAUAGAAUGGGCCAAGGCUGAGAAGAGGACCUUCCUCCGACAGGCCCUAGAGGCUCGACUUAUCUCACUAUAUUUCGACACGAAGUGUUACCAGGAAGCCCUACAACUUGGCUCCCAGUUACUGCAGGAGCUGAAGAAGAUGGAUGACAAAGCCCUACUGGUGGAGGUGCAGCUGCUAGAGAGUAAAACAUAUCAGGUCCUCAGUAACCUGCCCAAGGCUCGCGCUGCCCUCACGUCAGCCAGGACAACUGCCAAUGCCAUCUACUGCCCACCAAAAUUACAAGCAGCUUUAGACAUGCAAUCAGGGAUUAUUCAUGCAGCAGAGGAGAAAGACUGGAAGACGGCGUACUCCUAUUUCUACGAGGCCUUUGAGGGCUACGACUCCAUUGACAGUCCUCGAGCCAUCACAGGACUCAAGUAUAUGCUGCUCUGCAAAAUCAUGCUCAAUGCACCAGAGGAUGUCCAGGCCCUCAUCGGUGGCAAACUCAUUCUGCGGUACACUGGAAGACAGACGGAUUCGCUGAAAUGUGUAGCACAGGCUAGCAAGAAUCGAUCGCUUUCUGACUUUGAAAAGGCACUGACAGAGUAUAAAGCAGAACUGAGGGACGAUCCCAUCAUCCGAACCCAUCUGACCAAAUUGUAUGACAACCUGCUCGAGCAGAACCUCAUCAGGGUCAUUGAGCCUUUUUCCAGGGUCCAAAUGGCACACAUUUCUUCCAUCAUCAAACUGUCUAAGGGUGAUGUCGAGAGGAAAUUAUCGCAGAUGAUUCUGGACAAAAAGUUUUACGGUAUUUUAGACCAAGGUGAAGGUGUGCUCAUCGUCUUUGAAGAACCUGCGGUGGACAAGACAUACGAGGCAGCCCUGGAGACCAUUCAGAACAUGAGCAAGGUGGUGGACUCGCUUUACAACAAAGCCAAGAAGCUAACAUAAGAGUGAUUAAAACCAGUAGUCCUCCAGUGCGGAUCGUCGUGGGCCAGUCAGACCUCCGUCAAUCCCUCUCACUUCAACCCCUGGAGGUACGAGGGAAGGGGGAAGGAGGACAAAAACUUUUCUAAACCUGUGGAGACACUGCAGCAGAGACUGAUGGGAUGGAUACCCUUCUCCUGAAAUAACUCCCACAGCUCUCUGCUUUUCCUUCUUCCCGUUACUGUCUCCUCAUCCCAAUCUGGAAGGGGUUGACCAGACACAAAGUGCUCCUCCCUAUGGAAAUAUCUCGGCACUGCGCCCCACUUCUCCCAACAAUGGUUUGUUUCUACUGUAUGUGAAAUAGGUUGAGUUUCCUCGUUACCUUUUGUUUUUGUUCCUUCUCUCUGCACUGGCCAUCAGGGAAUCUUAUAAAACAAAAUAGAAAAUUCAUAAACAACACUUACACAUGUAUUACAAAAUCAACACCAAAACCUGAUCAGUAACAAUUCAGAUUGAACGAACACCGGAAUGAGAUUGAGGUCUACCUUUUUUAUUUUAUUUUUUUUUUAUUUUCUCCCUCUCUCCAGAUGUCAUUUCUUCUGAUAUUUUGGAGGUUGUUAGUUAGACUAUGGACCCAAAUUUUGCUCGUAUCCACAUUUGUACCCAAAUGUCAGGCCUGCCCCCCCUCCAAGCAGUCUCAGUCACACAAGGCAUUCAGGGGUUAUAAUACUGUGUACUUUUAAGACCAUGCCACAAGAAGCCCAUCAUGUUACUGUUGUGCCACUCACCCGCAUUUAACCUCCUCUGUGUACAUAACAUUGCCAAGGUCUGCUAUUCAUCCGGUUCACCAUGUAAUUAUAAGGUCUCAUUUUUAUAAAAUGCGAGAAACAUGUAAAUCUCAGCAGUGAGAGCAUGGCGAGUCGCACAAAGAAAUUUCAAUGGUCUAGUGUCUGAGCAAAGGAGGAACUUUGCAUUCGAAGAUGUUUAGAAGCGAGGUUGCAGAGAAAUUCAUGUACAUUCUUGAAAACGUAAUAGUGCUGGGACUGAGGGUUUACCAUAUAUAAAACAAGUGCUAGAUAAAAACAACUUUUUUUAAAAAAAAUUAUUUUGGGAUAUGGAUUAAGUAUUUGAACCCCCUCCCCACCCCCAUUAUGUUUUUGGGUUAAAAUGCGCAGUAACAAUACUAAGCUAACUUUUCAGAUGUGAGUAAUAAAAGUCCUUUAGUGCAACGAGUUAACUAAUUCACUUCAUGGCAAUUGUUACAAUUAUCGUUUCCUUUCAUAGAGGUUCGGAUACAUCAUUCCAAGAUUAAUACAGGGCAUUUGUUUCAUUCUUUGAUUUUUUUUUUUUUUUUUUUACAUGAAUACGAAACCUGAAAAAUAGAAUAUAAAAUGAAGUGAGAAGUGUUGGUCUAAAAUGUGCCAUUUUUCUCUUUAAAAAUGUGAACUCUUGGUUUAAUUGCUAUGCCUAAAGAUGAGUCUUCAAUUGCUAAACUUAUGGUUGCUGCUUAUUUAUGCACAUCUAACUUGUGCUUGUAACUGCUGUAUCUUGAAGAACUGCCACUGGUUGUUAACUCAUUUAAAAAAUAAUACACUGCAAUGCAUCAUAAACUUGCGGGGGUGUCAAACUUGUUGUUGGUAAGGUUUCUCUCAGAGUUUCGUGAUGACCGUGAAACUAUAUCCAUUCAUCACCUCAUCAUAGUAUUACAGAUACAAAACAAAUCGAUGGAUAAUUGAUUUUGAAAUCAGAAGUUAAGGAGAAUAGUUCAACUUUUGUUCCAGUUAAUGUAAAGAAGAGUUUGGUUGGUAACAGAAACAUGCUUGCAAUAUCGCAACAUCAUUAUUUAUCUCAUAAGAUGAUUUGAAAUUUUUGUAGAUUUAAAAAAAAAAAAAAAAAAAAAUCAUGGAAGGGGACGCAAAUGAUUUUCUUUGACGCCCCACAUAAAAUGAUGUGGCGGGACGGAUGUGGCCGCCGGGCCUCGAGUUUGACACCUGUGUUAUAAACGAUACACAGCGCUUCACCUUUUCCACACGAUGUGUUGAGUGCAGGUUAGAGCACAAACCAAGCAUGAAGUCAAAGGAAGUUUCACAACACUCUAAAAAGUUCUACUAACAAGGAACUUUAAGGAAAUGUAAGUUGUAUGAACUAAAUGCCUAGUUGAGGUGACAUUGCAUUACAAGUCCAACCAACAAAUGUGUAUUUCUACAUUUGUUUCUCAAACAGGGAAACAAUGUUGUUCCGACUAAGCCUAUUAGUUGAAUCAACAUAAAAUUUUAAGGUAGCCAGGUUACUUUUUCAGUAGAAGUUGACCUCACUAACAAUCUUAAGUUUGAUCAAUACCUCCAAAUCGCAUUAUUUGUCAGGUCAACUAAAUCACUUAUUUUCUAAAAUAACUGAGUGGAAUAUAUAAAGAAAUUACUUUAUUUGUAUUUUUUUUUUUAAACACAAAUAACGUAUUUGAUCACAAAACUAUAAAUUCAUAAAACAAUGAAAAUGUAAUUAAAAACAUAACAGUUGCAAAUUUAGAGGUGGAUUGAACAGCUGCUCUCCAAAAAUGGUGAACAGUUUUAAGAAGUAUCUGAAUAUCACAAUGCAAGUAAUGUCUAUGUAUGGAGAACUGACACAGGUACCGUUUGAAAUGCAUUGACACUCAUUUUGGCAUACUAUGUCUGUUUUUUAAAUCUGUCUCCUUCAAUUUGUAAUCUCUUGUCAACAACUGCUCGCCCCUGUACCUUCUUUAUUAAGGUAACGUACAAAGACAAACAUAAAGAGCGAAAGAGGGAGACAGUCUUACAGCAAGCAUAUGGCCAGGAAUUUGAGCUAUGCAAUGUUUACCACUGAAGACUAUCAAAUAAAUGAAAAUGUUAAAAAAAAAAAAAACAAGCAUCUGAAUCUUUGGGCCUGGGGAGAGUUGGCAUGCUGCUAUGAAGACCAGGAUGCAAAACAUCAUGAAAAGGGAGACAACGGCAGUGAACAUGAGACCCCAAGAGAGGCUGCAGAAUUAACAGGAGCGUUCAACAGAUGUGUAGACCAAGACUUGUACUGAGUCAGGUCACAUUUAACAGUUGCAGUCCAAAAAUGGAUCAAAUUUGAAGGGAUCCCAACCUGUGUUUAUCCCUCAGCAACUAAUGACGGAUCGCUUGAAGAGAUCUGAUCAAACUGUUUGUUGUAGAAUCUUGUUUUUGAGUGCAAGAACUUUGGAACAACAUGCACUGAAAACUUUCUGGAUUAUCUCAAAGUUUCAUUUCAGUACCUUUGGAUCAUCAAUGUAGAGACUGUACAGAGGCCAAUUAGGCACUUAGGACACUAAAGGCAUAGAAUGGCAAACUGCACCUUUGGAACGUCUUUGGAAAAUCUUGCCUGACCUCCUUAUGUCGACUCAUGAUGCUCUCUCUGUCUGCAAUGAAAUGGCCUCCUUUCCUCACGGCCCAGGACGCAGUCUUGACCGGUCUUGACAUGUGGGUUGUCCUUGGCAGUUUUGCAGGGGCUACUCAUAUUUAAUUGAGUCAACUCAGCAAUCGGAGUUACCUGGACUGCUCUGAUUUAACUGAUGAGUUGACAAUGUUAAAAGUGAAAUAUUUCAAAUGAAUGAUUUAGAUACUAUAGUUGGACUGAUUCAGAAAAAUGGCAAGUUGAGGUAACAAAAAAAAACCAAACAUUAAUUUUCACAGUGAAGGCAUUGAUCUAGGGAAGGACAAAGACACGUUUCUGCUGCUUUGAAGGUCCCAGUGAGCACAGUAGCCUCCAAUCCAACCUUUGUGGAAAGAAACCCCUCGAAAACAACAACCAUCUCUGUAGUAAUCCACCAUCAAGCCUGUAUGGCAGAGAGGGCAGACGGAAGCCACUCCUUUGUAAUAGGCUCAUAGCAGCCCGCCUGGAGUUUGCCCAAAGGUGCUUGAAGGACCAUAAGGGACCAAAUUCUCUGAUCUGAUGGGAAAUGUCAUGUUUGAAGUGAAGCAUGGCGGUGGCAGCAUGAAUCUGUGGUGAUGUUGCAGUUGUUUUCUUUAAAUACUUUGCAAAAAUGUACAUUUUGGUGAUAAUGUUACAACAAAAUGUGUAAAAAGUGAAGUGCUGUGAAUACUUUCUGCGUGCACUGUAAAUUAAAAAUGAUUCGGACAGUGA